GGAAGAACGGGACGAUACGAUCUUGUCAAGGACGGCGAGAGUGGCGGCGAGAGCGACGGUCUCAGUGUGGAGCUCGAGGAUGGGGACAGCAAUUUCGACAGCGACGACGAGUGCAGCAGCAUUAGUGUUAGUGGGUCCGAGGACAGCGACGACGCCGCCCCUGAUUCUCAGCACAACGGCGGUGACCAACUGCCACCGCUCGACGACCACGACGGUCCCUCACAACGCUACCUCCCCACUCCUGGUCGCGGCCUCGACCAGGUCAAUCCUUCAGCAUACGACACCCAGCCGGCGGGGCACUGUGGUGUCAGCAAUGUCCGGUUGACAUCCUACAAAGUUAACCACCCACCCGACAUCACAGACAUUGAUACCAUCAGCCAGGCCCAUGUUAGCGACGCACCUGUACAUCUGACGUCACAAGAUAGAGCCCACGAGCCCAGCCCGGAUAGGGCAACCACGCAAGACCUCGCCUCGAAAGUCUACUCAUAUCCCUACAACAGCCAAAUGCAGCUGAGCCGUUCCCUCAGAACGCUUCACCGGGAUCCGAAUGAGAACGCUUCCUCUCAACCAAGCCAAGAGGUGUCGCGCCUAACGCCGUCCUCACUGUUCCUGGGCGGGAACUCUCUCAACCAGAGCUGGGUGGCUAGAAUCAACAAAAGUCUGUCCGCCCAGACGCACCCGGAAACCAUUUCCGCGGAUCCGUCGAAACGGAAGAGUAACGGUCAAAUUGUUCCGAGACCGAUGAAACACUUCGGCGAAAGCUUCAACAAAUUCGUCCAAGCCAAACUGACGAAGACCUUUUCUGACAACAGGCACAACAGACACCACCUGGACGCGCCCCGUGACGAUGGCAAGCGGGGCUCCUUGCCCCGGGCGGAGAGUCAGUUCACCAGGAACGAGAGCUACAAGCGCGCGUGCUCCAGCAUCGAAACGUUUACGUUGGUGGAGGAGGACCCCGGGGAACACGUCACAGCUGCAGACGACCUUCC